AUGUCGAAAAAGAAAAUACUUGUUGUAUACUUUGGCAUAGGGCUGGCUCUCAUCAUAUCAUUCAUGGACCAGACUGCGGUGACAACAGCGGCACCCACAAUCGGAACGGACAUCAACGGAUCGGCGAGCAUAUCUUGGUUGGGAACCUCUUAUCUUGUGGCCAAUUGCGCUUUUCAGCUGGUUUAUGGCCGACUGUCCGAUAUUUUUGGGAGAAAGAUGAUGCUACAAGCAGCUCUCUCCUUCCUUGUCACUGGCAAUCUUUUGUGUUCAUUCGCCAAGACACCUGUCCAGCUGUACGCAUUCCGAGCGAUUAGCGGUAUAGGCGGAGGAGGGAUAAAUAAUAUAGCAAUGGUCAUCGUCUCAGAUAUCGUUCCUCUCGCCGAGAGGGGGAAAUAUCAAGGACUAAUAUCGGGAGCAACAUCCUUAGGAAAUGCAAUCGGUCCAUUUGUUGGGGGAGGAUUGGCCGGGGCGAAUCAGUGGAGGUGGCUUUUUCGAGUUAUCACAAUACUCGGUAUCGUCACGAUGGCGAUGAUUCAUCUUAUCAUCCCUCUCAAGCCGGUCACAGGCUCAAUGUCCCGUAAAUUGAUGCAGGUCGAUUAUUUGGGAGUCUUGAUGUCUUCGGCAUCCAUAAUGCUUCUUCUGGUGCCUAUCUCCGGAGGAGGUAGUACUUUCGCCUGGUCAAGUCCCACGGUCAUUGUGCUGUUGAUCAUUGGGGCCAUAUGCGGAAUCAUCUUCUUGAUUGUAGAGGGCAAAGUAGCUAAAUUACCCAUCUUACCUUUACGGCUGUUUCGUCUGAGGACGCCUUGCCUAAUCAGUUUCCAGUCAUUUUUCAUUGGUAUGAUAUACUUUGGGAAUCUAUUCUAUGUUCCCAUCUUUUUCCAGUACUGUAAGGGUUACACUCCUUUAUUCUCCGGAGCCCUGGUUCUUGUCUACACACUUCCUCAAGCUGUGUGGGGAGUAGGGGCAGGGUUCUAUAUAUCGAAGACCAAUCAUUACAAGCGAAUCAUCGCGAGCGGUGCGGCUCUUUGGACCUUGGCUCUGGGACUUCAACUUGUCUGGAAACCAUCUACCCCUUUGGGCGUUCUAAUAGCAUUUCUGGAGAUAAACGCCGUGGGCGUUGGAUUUAGUUUACAGACUACGUUGAUCGCUGCACUCGCCACAACAAAGCCAAAAGACCGAGCUGUGGUGACAGCGUCGCGGAAUUUCUUCAGAACGAUGGGAGGUGCCUUUGGCCUGGCGUCGGCUAGCGCGAUUUAUCAAGCUGUAGUUUCGUCUAAAUUCUCGCAAAUUACUAGCUUGUCAGAAACUGAAAAGCUGAACCUUCUGGACUCCGCACUCGGGAAUCUAUCUUCCCUGUCUUCCGAAGCCGGAGGUCAAGUGCGGAAUGCGUAUAACGAUGGGCUACGGAUGGUAUUCGUAGCUUUUACGGUCUUUAGUGGAGCUUCUCUGCUCCUAAGCUUGUUUAUCGAGGAGGUCCUGUUCGCAAAGGAUAAGCCAACAGAACCUGACAAGUCGGUCCAGAUUGAUGAUGGGUCAACUCCAUCGACCGGUACAGAUGAAUCUCAAGAGACAGAGUCUAUGAAAUCGACAGUAUUAACCGACGGGCUAGAUAUAGAAGUAGCUGCUGUACCUUCUGCGGGAUCGAAGGUACAGUAG